AUGGAACUGGGUGAGAGCGCGGCUUUGCUCGCUGUCAGUGGUGUGGGCUUGGGCGAGUGGGUCGCCCCAGUUUCCCCAGAGCCCCGUGCGAGCAUCGUCGGAGGGAAGGAGGUGCCGCCUCACUCCAGAGGCUACAUGGCUCUCAUCGAGGGCCCGCGGCUCUGUGCCGGCGCUCUGGUCACGGAGAACUGGGUGCUGACGGCCGCUCACUGCGCCCUGAAGGGCAGGCCUCGGGUUGUGCUGGGGGCCCACUCCGCGGCCCACAAGGAGAAGUCCGUGCAAGUGUUUUCCGUCAAGAAGGCGGUCCCCUACCCCUGCUUCGACCCGGCGUCCUUUGAAGGGGACCUUCAGCUCCUUCAGCUGGAAGGCAGAGCCACUAAAAGCAAAGCUGUGAAGAUCCUCGAGCUGCCCAAGACGGGGGACGACGUCCAGCCCGGCACCGGGUGCCGCGUGGCAGGGUGGGGGCGCCCCCGAAGGAACGCCCGGGAACGGGCGAAGGCCCUGAGGGAGGCCAACGUCACCGUGAUCGACCGGAGGACGUGCAACGACGCGGCGCACUACGACUUCUCGCCGGUCGUGGGCCGCGGCAUGGUCUGCGCCGGGGGGAGGCGCGGCGAGGAUGACGCGUGCCAGGGUGACUCCGGAAGCCCCCUGAUCUGCGAGGGCGUCUUCAGGGGCGUCACGUCCUUUGGGAAGUGUGGCGACACUCGGAAGCCUGGGGUCUACACCCUUCUGACCAAGAAGCACCUGAACUGGAUACGGAAGACCAUCCGGGGCGCCACCGGACCUCCCUGCUCCGGAGCGGGGAGCUGA